AUGGACUAUGUCACCCGUGGGGUCUGCGGCCAGGAGGGAUGCCGCGAGAGACGUUAUUAUCUCGACAAUGGCCUCUGGUUUUGUCGGCGCGGUCACUUGCAGGAGGGUCGGCAAAUUGAAGAGGACCCGGACGAUUUCGGUACUCAGGGUCAAAGGCAUCGAGUAAAGAAGGAAAGGGAGGAGAGGUCUCGGAGGACCUAUCGUGGUCGACAAGCUGCUACUUUAUACCUACAGGCGUAUCAGUUGAUACUAUGGAAGCAAUGCGAUGCCUUGGUGAAUGAUCAUGGAUUCCCUGAGGAAUUCGAGGCUGUUGUCCGAGAUCUCUGGGCUUUAAAGCUUCAGGGGUUUACCCUACGAAUAAAUGCAUCUGCAGAUGACGAAGAUGAUGAGAGCGAACGCGAAGUCUUCAGCUCUCAGGCCGCUGACACCGACGAUUCCGAGGAUCUAGGUUUCAAGGCAGGAGGUCAAUAUCUUCAAUGGCCUCGCAUGCUCGAUACAGUCGGUCUCUGCUACCUGGCAGCCCUGUUAAUGCGACUUCCUAUCUGUGUUAGUGACUUUUAUCAACUCCCUCCCGAGCUAAUCUCACUUAUCGACCUGGUUCAUCUCCCAAAAGCGGAACAAAUCCAUACUGGGUGUAGAGACUUGGUGAUAUACUACCAACGCCGCUUUGAAAUUGCGCUUCCACCAAUAAACUCGCCUCUGAUUCUUUAUCGACACAUCAAGCGGUUGGCCAUUCCAAUCGAUGUUUACGACACAGUCAAGACGCUACAACAGCUCAUUGACUUCAAUUUCACCUAUCCGAGCGUGCUUGAAAGUCAAAAACGAAGGAACUCCCUUCAGCUACCAGAAGUGCAGCUGGUGGUACUUCUUGUAAUCUCUACAAAGCUUAUUUUCCCCUUCGAUGACCUGAAACGGUAUGCGGCUUCACAUAGAGAGCCUGCCACCCAGAUCAUGGAUUGGUCCAGGUGGGCAUACAACCAGAAAUGGUUCGAGCACCUCUCCAUGGCUCAAGACGACAAACUCGACAAAGAGACGCUGAUUCGAAUCAACGACCACGACAUCUUUCAAAUGGAGCCCGAUCAGCUGGACCAGUAUAUGGACUGGUACGAGAGUAGCUGGUUAGACAACUCCAGAUCAAAGCACCCCGUUGCCGACCUGUUCUCACCCAGUCGAUCGGAACUUCAGAAGCAACCAGAGAGCGAGUCUUGCGACCCCAAUGAGGCUCUCGAGCGGGUCCUCAAAUCCGUCAUGGUUGCACUUAAACCCGCACCUGUCAAUCCAAGCGAAGAGGCAGACCGAAUGCGGCCAGGAUCAUGGUACCGUCGGUAUAGAUGGGAGUCGCAACUUCCUGAGACAGCGCGCAAAUUUUAUGAAAUUGCAGCGGAUUUGGCAUCCAUAUCGUUGCUUACCCUUGUGCGAGCCGUUUCUGUGACUGAAUGGAGAAUUGCCAAAUGGCUGGAAGACGAGCGCCGCGAGGCAUAUAUGACUAAGUGGGGCAUGGCAGAAGUUGAUGACGGCGAUGGCAUCGAGAUGGAUGAGACGGAUGACGAGAAGUUUGAACCUGAGAUGAAAGGGAGUGCAUAG